AAAAUCUACGAGAAAUAGUUUUGAUUCAUACAACAUUUUAUUUCAUUAAAGGUAUGUCUUCAGCGACACCUGUAUCAAGAAUAAACAAUAUCAUCAAUUAUAUUAGACGAAACAUAUCGAAUAAUCCAGACAUUCAUCAAGUACACCUACUGCGCUCCACAUUAGUGAAUGGAAAAAGAAAUCUUGAAAGAUUAACUAGUGCCCUGAGUCAAACAGAAUAUGACGACCUUCGCGCGAAGAUUUCAGAAUUAAUGGGCGCUCUGGAUAGGCGUACAAAUCUGCUCCAAUCAAGCGUUACGACUGCACCUGUCAGAAUGCAGGGAAGGACUAGUGGACAGCGUGGACGGCCGAGAUAUGCUAUUCAUAGCAGCAAGUUAGAAAAUCUUUUGUCUAUGGGGUUCACUGUUGAAAAAAUCGCUAGAGAAGGUUUACUUGGUGGUACUAUGCAUCCAAAUACUAUCCACAAUUUCAUCAAAAAAUCUCAAAUCCAGUCACCAAGACAGAGGUUCGCCAACCUUAACGAUAGGGAAUUAACUGAAAAGAUACAAUCCAUACAUAAGGAUUUCCCAAACUCUGGCGCUUUAGAAAUUCAAGCUCAUCUUCGAAAUCAAAACAUAAUUGUACAGAGAGACAGAGUUAGAACCACACUAUCUGCAGUUGAUCCUAUUGGAACAGCGACAAGGUGGAGUCAGACAAUUGAACGGAGAAGCUACUACGUUCCUACUCCAAACUUUCUGUGGCAUACCGACAGUCAUCAUAAAUUGAUACGAUGGAAUUUUGUUAUCCAUGGAAUUAUCGAUGGCUACUCAAGAUUUGUACCAAUGCUUAGAAUAUCAACAGAUAACUUGGCGAAAACGGCUUUUGAUUUUUUCCUGGAAAGUAUAAGAUCUUGUGGAAUUCCUGGGAGAAUGCGCGCUGAUGGGGGAAGCGAAUUUAACCACGUAGAAUCAAUGCAAUGACGUCAGUCCUUUGUAUUUGUAUUUUUAUGAAUAUUUUCUUUUCUUAAAAGUGCGCACUUUUAAGAAAAGAGAAGAUAUUAAAAUGGUAUACUCUAUCAUCGUUUUUUAUAAUAGUCUAUAUUUUAUUUUCAUUUUUUGUUUGUUAAACAUUGUACAGUAUAACAAUAUGACCCGUUAAGUGGGACACUCAUGGGACCGAUUAAAUUUGUUUGUAAAUAUAUGAAAUUGAGUGUUGGAUUUUGAGGUUCGAAAAGCGAUACGAUUUUUGACGCUACAAUGCAGUGGUUUCUCAAAAUAUAGAAAAUAUUUUCUUUAAAGUCACACUUUUAAGCAAAGAUUUUGGUUCAAGGGACCAGAAAAUUAUGUCCCACUUUGACACACUUACCCAAGAUAUCCCACUAAAGUGAAGUUUUUUGGUGGAAUUUGAUGAGGAAGUUCAAGGGAAACCGGAUUUUUCCCACUUAGCAAAAUUCCUACUUAUCCAGGGUCCCACUUAACUUAUACGGUAUCUUCGUAUAUACGAGAUCGUGUUUUUGUUAUUUUUGUUGAUUUUUUUCUUUACCUUUCGAAACAUUUAUAUGAUAACUUUGCUUCAAUAGUUCUGAACUGACUGUUUCAUUUAAUUUUCCCACCUUCU